AGUGAACAGAAGACGUCGAUAUCUCUUUCUAUCUGACGGCUCAACAUGGCUUCUGGAGACUCGGUCAUCAUAUUUUCUGAGGGAACUUUCCAAGAACAGAUUCAAGAACUCGUUAACUAUCUGGCACGAGGACUCUCACAAGAUGACCGGAUAGCAUAUAUAAAGCCGUACCAAGAUGUUCUUCUUACCCCAGCAGGUGGCAAGCCUAUCGCAGAAGAUGAGGAGCGGAAGCAACAGACCGUGCGGAUGGUCGUGGCAGGCGUCAAGGGAUUGGGAGAAGGGUCAGAGCGCGAGCAAGAGGGCUUCUUCAAUCUCCUUUUCGCACACAUCAUCUCCCUCUGGCCAGCGACAGAACCGGGGAUUGUGGAACAAGUUGACCCUCUACUGGCGCAAAUCGCUGCUGCGCCAGGCCAGACAUCGUCCGUCAAGUACCGUAUUAUAUCGAACCUGUUCAACGUCGUACCGGCCUAUUCUGCUGUGCGUCUACACGCAUAUAAGACACUGCUUCAAGUAGCAUCAGAGAAUGGAGAGGUCGGGUUGCUACAGGUAUCGAAGAGCGACGUCGAGGGCUGGCUCGCGGAGUGGGAGGUAGGAGUGGACGAAAAGGCCACCCUGUUACUGCAAAUCGCAGAGGCAUUGGAGAAAUCCGGACAACCAGAGGAAGCAUAUACUUUCCUCAUCCGCCGAUUGACCAUCCUUCCCCCAACAGACUCAUCAGCCACUGACGUCGCAUUAACCACCAUCAGCAAAGCCCUCUCUCUUCCUUUUGUCUACUCCUUCGACGCGAUCAUGGAAGCGCCCGCCGUCGCCACCAUCAAAUCACAUCCUCUCUUUUCUCUUCUUCGUAUCUUCUGGCGCGGCGGUAUGGGCGAAUGGACCGAAUGGGUUUCGGCGCAUUCCAGCACUCUGGGCGAAUCAGGGCUGGACAAGUCCGCAUUGGAGAACAAGCUGCGAUUGCUCGCCCUCUCCUCCCUCGCCUCGCAGUUCCUCCCCGACUCUCCCUCAGGCACGUCCGACAUCCCCUACGCGUUGAUCAGCAAAUCCCUCAGUAUCUCGGACGACGAGGUCGAGCCGACCGUAAUAGCUGCUAUCCGAGUUGGGCUCGUUGCUGGCAAGCUCAGCCAAACCACCAAGUGCUUCCGAGUGUACCGUUCCGCCGUACGAGCAUUUGAGCAAGCCGAAUGGGAACGACUCGAGGAACGGACGAACACAUGGCGGGAGGGGCUCAUCGGUGUGCUCAGCGUGCUCAAGACCAGGCGAGAACGACCGGCAACUGAUAAGACCAGCGAUAGCAAGGCCGUCGUCGAGAGUGUGGGCGCAGCUCUACUGGCCGAGGCUACGACGGUCGAGGCUGCGGCGUAGGUAUCGUGCGGUGUUGGUUGGGCAUGUGUAGCAUAUAUGCAGUGUUUGGUAUAUAUGUGCUUUCCGUAAAACGUAAUGAUACACAUU